AUGCCUGUGACAACCCGCAGCCAAACCAGGUCAAAGGCCUUGGCAUGGACAUCUUUCCCGGCAGAGAUUCGCCUCAUCAUCUUGGCGACAAUCGCAAAUCAGAAACAUCCCGGCUGGGCUUCUCCUGCGUCUGUAUGCAGAGAAUGGCAGCACGUUUUAGAGAAGGCCAAUUUCCACAAGAUAAAGCUGCGAGUGCCUUGUCUUGACGAGUUCGAACAUAUCGCUGCGCCGCAAAAGAGAGAGUUGAUUCGCCACAUCUGUCUCAAUGUUGAAUUACCGCGAUACACGUCCACAUGUUGCUCAAAACGACGUUCGCCAUCAGCAAGGAUCAGCUCUAUCGUCAGUGAUGGGAUAUGGAAACUUUUUUCUAUUCUCAGUACUUGGGGACCAGCGAAUAACUUAGCAUUGGAGAUUAAUGUAUACUCUCCUAGCGACUGCGAACAUUGGUUUAAGAACAUAUACUUGUCCUCCGAUGAUGUCGAGCACCAUGAGGACGCAAUGCCGAAUGCGUGGAGAACUGGAAGUCAGUAUCAUGACCCGCAGCAUGGCUGGAUGCACGGUCAGCAAAUUAAAGGUCCUCCAAGAACAGCUUUGCUACAACUCUUCCGACCUAUCCGUCGACAACUUCGGCGUUGUAUUUCUCCAUUGGAAUUGGGCCUGUUGCUCAGCAGCUUUGAUCGUCUAAAGCAUAUAUCCUACGAGCCAUGGGCGCCGUAUGAAGUUGCGAACAAAGAAUUUCAUCUUAUAGGUCUUUAUUUUGCAAUGCGAAAUAAUCUUCCGGAUACUCUCGACAAAUUAAUAGUAUUUGAGGAUUCGUAUAAAUUCUAUGAUUCAUUUCCAAAGCGACUGGCCCAUAUACACUGGUUCAAUUUGCUUGAUUCUAGCCAAGGUCUUGGUGCGGUUUUCGCAUCUAAAAGCCUUAUAUUACAACACCUUUCUAUCUCCUUCAUGAUCAAUGCCGAAGAACUUUUUCGUCAUUGUCAGUCGACGUGGAGCUGGUUACAUCUGCAAUCUCUGGCGCUUACAUCGCAGCUCCUGCAGGACGAUUGGGAAAAGCGCAAGCAGAUUGAAGCUUUGCUAUGCCGAGCCAGGGUCAUUGUACAGAACAUGCCCAAGCUACAUACAUUUGUGCUUUGGAAUGGUGGAAAGGCACAUGCCUGUGCGUUCAUAUAUCGUACAGACAGAGACAGUGCUUCGAUUACCUGGCGCGGAACGUGGCAUCUAGUGUUGAGUCCUCGUGUCGUCAAGUUAUGGCAACUCGCUGCCCUGAAGCUGCCUCGUUCCGAAUUUUCCGAGCUUCAAGUAAAGCACGAGUAUAUUCAAGCGGAUAUAAAAUCCCACGGAGAUGCAAUCUAUCAUCUAGAACUGCCCUGUCAAGUCAUUGAUCCUGCGUCACUUUGGCAAAUCCGGAGGGAAGGAUACAGUUUAGCGCAGUGAUGCAAAGGCAAAAAGGCAAAAGGGGGGACCAGUAAAUUACCUACCUACCUACCUAGAGAGUUAUACUAGCUGAAGGAAAGAUACGUUUGGGUUAGAUACAGCAAUUUUACAGACCUAGUACAACCGUUUUUUAUUUAUUUUUUAAACCUU